AUGCCGACAGCCACUGUUCGCUCCCAGUGGGCCACGCGCGAUGCUUACUGCACGUCUUGCGCGGCCAAGAAGAGCAUAGUCGCUGUAGGGGCCUCUCAUGGUGACCCGCGCACCCCCAUCUUUGAGGGGUGUUCCCCCUCCCCCCUUCUGCCCUCUGUUGCCUCUGCUGCUGCGGCCAACCUCCUUGCUCUUGAGUCGGUCGGUGCGGCGUCUGCCCUAGCGGGAGACGCCGCCCAGGCAAGGGCAAGGGGAGCAGGGGCACUGGAGGAGCGAGCGGGGGCGGUGGAGGUGGAGGUGGAGGCGGCGGGGGGAGUGGGGGUGGCGGUGGGAGUGGAGGUGGGGGUGGAGGUGUCGGUGGCGGCAGUGGAGGAGGAGGCGGCGGCGGCGGCGGCGGUGGCGGUGGGAGCGGAGGUGGCGGAGGUGGCGGCAGUGGAGGCGGCGGUAGUAACGGAGGCGGCGGAGGCGGCGGGGGGUGGCGGUGGAGCUGGUCCGCGGGUCUACGCAGAGGAGUGGCUCCGGUGGUGGUCCGCAGCCAGCAGCAGCAGCGCGGAUCGUGAGACCCUGUCCCCUCAGCAGCUCCGUGAGUGGUACACUGCACGCCAGCGGGGUGGGGAUUUUGGUCCGAGCACCUACGUCCUGCGCACCGGCGACCGUGCGGGUGAGCAGUGUGGGGGGUGCGCACCCCACCCACGCUGCUUUGGCCGCCUGACGAACGCGUGGCAUCACCAGUUCCCAGAGGCCACAGAGAUCCCUCGCUGGGGCGAGGUGUCUAGGACGGGUGUUGCCAUUUAUGAUCUUGAUUUUGAUGCUAUUCUUUCUGCCAUGUAUGCUGUGUCUAUUAGUGAUGAGGGUGACUGUUACCGGUGUUUCCCCCCCGAUCCGGGCAUUGAGACUGCUGCUCUAGGUAGUCCUCCCGUGUCCUGCGGCUCCCUCUGGCACCCUGUCUGGUCUUUACCUCCCCUCGUUCUCUACGAACUGGUGAGUGGUGCUGACCUACAGGAUGGGGGAGUCCACCAGUUCACUCCUGCGCGUCAGCGGGUGACGCACUGCACAGAGGCCAGCACAGGCAACACCUGGCUAUGUUUACUCGGGCGCCAGCGGGCUGCCCCUCACUCCUCCCAGUUUUCCUCCGACAGAGGCCCCGUUGCAGACGCUUCGAAUGGACGUGUGGGGCCCAGCCCGCGUCCGUGGAAAGGAGGCGGAGAGAGCGCCGAGAGAGUUUCCUCUGGCCUUUUGAGAGCCUACUGCCGCGCACGAGGCAUCCGUCAGACCUUCACGCUUCCGGACUCUCCGCAGCAAAAUGGGAUCGCUGAGCGCCGCAUUGGCAUGGUCAUGGACGUCGCUCGUACGUCUACGAUGCAUGCGGCUGCUCCCCAUUUUCUGUGGCCGAAUUGCGGUGAGGAAAGGUUGGCGAUGCCGUCGGCGUUCCGGGUCUGGGGAUCUCGGGCGUUUGUCCGCGACUUGUCUGCGGACAAGCUGUCCCCUCGUGCUGCUGCUCCUUGCGUCUUCCUGGGGUUCCCCCCCGACGCGCCUGAGUGGCAAUUCUACCAUCCCACCUCUCGCCGUGUUCUGUUCGUCCUCCAGGACGUCACGUUUGACGAGUCGGUCCCCUACUACCGCCUCUUCCCCUACCGCACUCCGUCCCUCCCCCUGCCGCCGCUCCUUCCUUGUUCCAGAUCCCCCUCCGUGUAG